AAAAAGAAAGGAAGGAAGGGAAUUUUCUUCUUCCUCAACAUUUCACAUUUGUUUCUGUCUCUGUGUGUGAGUGUUUGUGUGUGCAUUUAUAUAAAAAAAAAAUUUGCUCAGUAAAAACAGCAUAAAUUGUCCAUCCAUCCAUCUAUCGUACGUACGGACCAUCACGAUGAAUUAUGAUUGGAUAAUCCUUCGCGAUCUAAAUCAUUAAUUGAGCAUAAUAAGCAAACCUUUGCUGCUUACUCUCAGGCUCUCAAAGCGGCUCUAAAUACACACAAAAUUCUUCAUACAUACCUAACAUCAUCAAGUCGAGGCAAUUCAUAUUUUUUUGGCUGUUACUUCUUUACACAAAUUUUCUUUUCUUCCUUCAUAUCUAAAGGAAUAAGAAGAAUAUACCAAAAAAAAAAUUUGAUUUCUUUCCUCCUUUCUUCGCUCUUUUCUUUCUUCUUCAAAGCUAAAAGAAAAGUAAAAUAAAAUAAAAAAAAUAAAAUAAAAUUCAACCAACAAAGCUAGCAACGGCAACAUUUUGAAAAUGAUGGCAAGUUUAUAUGCAACACCACCACCAGAUACGACAACACCAAAUGCAACAUCAUCUACAAAUAUAACGUCAGCGAGUACUGUCGAUUUAAACGGCGAAGACACAUCAGUAUUAAGCGACACUUCUAAUUCAUCGCAGACAAAUAGUUCAGUAAAUAGUUCGCAAAAUCAUCAAAAGGCACCCAAACGCUCAAUUCUCGUUACAUCGCCAUCCACGUCAGUGAAUAAUUAUCCAUUACUUGGGAGUCUUUUUGAUUCAACACCUGACUUAUCGAAGAAGCGACGAAAACAAACGACACCGAUAAGGAUAUCAGCAACAGCUUUUGAAUUACAGCAACAGCAGCAAAAUCAAAAUAAUAUUAAUAACAGUAGUAAUAAUAAUAUAAGCAGCGGAAAUGAGUCCAUAAAUACCAAUGGAUUACUUACAACAACAGCAGCAUUUCAAUCUUCAUCAGAUAUCACGGAAAUAAAUGACGAUGGUGAUGAUGACAAUGAAUCAGGAACAUAUACAACAAAUGGUGAGAAAGGAAUGCCACAAAUCUCAUCAGUUUCGUCCGUACCAUCGACAAUUGAGAAUGAUGGAAAUCUUCAAAAGAUUUUUUUGAAAAAUUUAAGUCAAUUACAAGCAGCGGCAGUAGCUCAACACCAUUCAAAUAGUCUAAGUAAUAAUAACAAUAAUUCAAAUACAACCAACAAUAAUGAAGCAUCAAUAUUGAACGAGAACUCUCGAAUCAUAUCACAUCAACAAUUAUCGCCAGCAGCAAAACUUUUACGCGGUUCUCUUUCACCAUUACAACCAUUAAAUUUAAAUAACAACAGCAGCAGCAGUAAUCAAAAUGGACAACAUCAUCAUGAUGGAGAGUUAUCGAAGCCUCACGACUUUGAAAAUGACAUUGAAGUCGAGUAUCAUAAUAAGUUUUUGAAGACAAAUAGUAAUUUACAUUCGAAUGACAAAUCGCCACUAGACAAUGAUUUGGUUGGGAAAAGUGGAUCAUCAUGGAGUGAAAAGCAAGAUAAGAAACCAUCAGAAAGUGAUUCUUGGCUUUCAUUGGCUUCCUUGCCUUUUCCAUUUCCUUCCGAAGCAGCCGCAGCAGCUGCUUUGUCGGCUGGCUAUCUUCCACAACUUCCACUUCUUUCUGGUGUGGGUCCUUUUGGAUCAGAAGGAGUUUUAUCGCGCGGUGCAGCACCAUUAAGAAUAUUUAAUCCUGAAGCAUAUUGUGACUUGUGCAACAAAGAGUUUUGUAACAAGUACUUCCUUAAAACACACAAAGCAAAUAAGCAUGGAAUUUAUGAACCAAUGACACCAAUGACAAGUAGUGAUAUGCCAACAUUAAAUCAAUUAAAUCAGAUGCAACAAAUGAUGCAAUUACAACAACAAUCAAUGCAACAACAAUUCAGUCAAGCUCAGCAAAAUGCUCAACAACAAAAGUCUCAAAUGAUGGCAGCAGUAGCUGUCGUAGCACAACAGCAACAACAAACUUCUUCGAUUCCAAUUCAAGUUCAAGAGCCACCACAAAGUGGAAACAAUUCACUUCCUUCAAACGGACCUCCAAAUGCCUUUUGUGACAUUUGCUUUAAAAAGUUUUCAUCUCCAGCUGCAUUGAAAAAGCAUCGUUUGAAAAUCCAUGAAAUUGGAGUUGUAAAAAUAGAAAAUAUAAAAGGAUCAUUGAAUGGACCGACUCCUCCGUUGUCAUCAUCAUCGUCUAACAUUAUGCCACCACAAACACAGCCAGUGGAAUUAACAACAAAAUCACAUAAUAAUAGCAGUAAUAAUAGCAAUGAUGAUCCACAUGGACAGUUGAUAGAUGAAAUGAAAGAGACACAGAAUCAAAAUAUUUUGCCACUUCCAUUUAACUUUCCUGAAGGUUUCCGUGAAGAUUUUCAGGUUGAGCAAGAAGAUGCCAGUUUUACACCAGAGCCACGUAAAUUGUCACCAGCAUCAAUUCAGCAGGCGAGAGAUGCCAAUUUUUCCUACGACAAAUUAAAGCGUUUGGGUGUCAUUAAUCCUGAAGCUUUUUGUGAACUAUGCUGUAAGGAAUACUGCAAUAAAUACUUUUUGCGUACACACAAAUUAAAGCGUCAUGGAAUUUUCCUACCAAUCGAUGACAUCAAAGAUAUGGAUAGUGCUCGAGCAUUGUGGCCAUACAUGCAAACAAAUCCAUUGAAUUUAAUUAUGGGUGGGGAUUUGAAAGCUUUACAAAUGUAUGCAAAGAAGCAGAAGGAGGUAGAGCAACAAAAUCAUGAAAAUUCUGAUCAAAGUGGUGUCAUAAAAAUUCCAUCACCGUCUCCAUCAUCCAAUGAUGAUGAAAUGAUGAAGGAUGACGAUGGUCAAUCAAAUCCAGCCGGAGUGACUAGCAUGAAAGGUGACGAAGCAGACGACGACAUGGAGGAAAAUUUGAAGAGAAUUGGGGGCAAAACAUCGCCUUUAUCACAAAUACCACAAUUGACGCCACAAGAGUCCGAAGCGAUUAGCGUCGAUUUACAAAAGCUUCAAUCAAUGAUUUUACAGUUGAAUGAACUUAAUCAAAAUCGUUGUAUGCCAUGUGCAAUUUGUGGUAAAGAAAUGGAAAAUCAAUACAUGUUACAUGCUCACAUGUUGGCCGAACACUCUGGCUUUACAAAUAAUAAUUCCAUUAAGCUCUCACCACGUCCAUCAUCCAUUCCAUCACCAUCACCAAAUGAAUUUGAAGUGUGUAAGCAAUGUGAUAAGGAAUUUUCAAAUAUCUUUUUGCUCAAGCAACAUUUAAUGGAACACCACGGUAUGCCACCGUUAUCACCAACAACCUUAAGGGGAGAGGGCUUUAUUACACCCGAUCGUAAGACAUCGAAUCAACACAUUUUAAGUCAGCCAACAACACCAACACAAAAUGACCGUAAACCAAUGUUCCAAAUGACACCGACAAGUAGCUAUUGUGAGAUUUGCAAUAAGGAAUUGUGCAACAAGUAUUUUAUGAAGACCCACAUGCAACGAAUGCAUGGAAUAGAAAUUGAAAAUGGAGCUCAAAUUGGUGGUGUUGUCUGCAAUAUUUGUAAUAAGGAAUUAUGCAGUAAAUAUUUCCUUCGUGUCCAUAAGCACAAUACACACGGAAUUGUUGAAGAUGGAUCUCCACAACAACGUCCGGGUAGUGAAUCUAUUGAUUCUGAUAAUGGCUUCCAAUUGGACUUAAAACCUGGGGAAGUAUCUGAUCAAUCUAAUCGUUAUUUCUCACACUUUACUGAAGUUUGUCCACUUUGCUCACGUCGCUUCCGUAGUGCUAAAUGGUUGAAGGCACAUUUAAUGAGUGAUCAUGGAAAGGCUGGUCUCGAUAAGCUCAAUGAAAUUGAAUCUAAAAUUGGCAUCAUCAAAGGACCACCAAGUCCUGGCAUAAAAAUUCCAAACGGAGGUUAUAAUCUUUCAUCACCCGAUUUGAUGAUCAAAACAUCCCUUGGAGGAUUAUUCUCAGGUGAUAAUUCAAUGGCAACAUCACCAAGUGGCUCUCAAAAUAAUCCAUUAAAGGGUUAUCAGUGCUCAUUUUGCUCAUUCUCGACUCCAAUUUUGGCAAUUUUAUUCAUACAUGAGCGCUCUCAUCAAGCCAGCAAUACAGCAAUGAAUUUAAUUCAAAAUCAAAAUAAAUCAGAAAGUGCUGUUUCAAUUGCAAAGGAAUUAUCAAAUUCACAACAUCCAACGCCAGGUGUCUCUUCUCCAUCAUCGACACCUGCCUCAACGCCCAUACCGUCAACUCCACAAGAGUCAAAUAGUGGCAAGACAGAAAUGAAUAAUUUAAUGGAAAACUUUCCACCCAUCAUGCAUUCACGACCAUCAGUUGGAUUGCCGCAAGAAGCUGGUCCAUUGGUUAUGCAAUCAUUCUUACUCGAGGAAUCGAUGUUUACAAAGUCAUUGGUUAAUGGCAAAACAGGUACGAUGAAUGAUAAUUAUAAAUUUAUUCCAUCAAUGGUUAUAUUGCCGGUACGUGAACGUAUUUCGUCACCAGUAACAAUUUCAUUUACUCUCACACCGGCUUAA